CCAGGAGUCUCCAAAGUCUGCAAAAAGCACUGCAAAGCCUGGCAGUGGCAGUAGCGGAAAGGAUGGUGGGGCAGAGAAUUCAGAAGAGUGCUUUCCUGUCUCUGGACUGCUCUGCUGCAGAAUGGAAGAGAACUCUUUGCUUGAUAAGAAGAAAUGUAUACCAGUUUGAAUGCAAUUUUCCUGCUCUUCAGGAAGCACAGAAAGGCCCAGCAGCCACAGCAGCCACCGCAGCAGCAGCAGCAGCAGCAACAGACAACUUCGAAUAAGCGCCCCAGUAACAGCGCCCCCCCACCGACCCAGUUGAAUAAGAUUAAGUACUCGGGGGGACCCCAGAUUGUGAAGAAGGAGCGCCGACACAGCUCCUCUCGCUUCAAUCUGAGCAAAAACCGGGAAUUGCAAAAGCUUCCAGCCCUUAAAGAUGCUCCUCCACAUGAACGAGAAGAGCUUUUCAUCCAGAAGCUGCGGCAAUGCUGUGUGCUUUUUGACUUCAUCUCCGACCCCCUCAGUGACCUGAAGUUCAAGGAGGUGAAGCGAGCCGGUCUGAAUGAGAUGGUGGAGUACAUCACGCACAACCGUGAUGUCGUCACUGAAGCCAUCUAUCCAGAAGCUGUCGUCAUGUUUUCAGUGAACCUCUUCCGAACGCUCCCGCCAUCGUCCAAUCCCACAGGCGCGGAGUUUGACCCUGAGGAAGAUGAGCCUACGUUAGAGGCUGCCUGGCCACACCUUCAGCUGGUGUACGAGUUCUUCCUCCGCUUCUUGGAAUCGCCUGACUUCCAACCAAAUGUAGCCAAGAAAUACAUUGACCAGAAGUUUGUACUAUCUCUGCUGGAUCUCUUCGACAGUGAAGACCCCAGAGAGCGAGACUUCCUAAAGACCAUUUUGCACAGGAUUUAUGGCAAGUUCCUGGGUCUGCGAGCAUAUGUGAGACGGCAGAUCAACAAUAUAUUUUACAGGUUUAUCUAUGAAACAGAGCACCACAAUGGGAUUGCAGAGCUGCUGGAGAUCCUGGGAAGCAUAAUCAAUGGGUUUGCUUUGCCUCUGAAGGAAGAGCACAAGAUGUUCCUUAUCAGGGUCUUGUUACCUCUGCACAAGGUGAAGUCUCUAAGUGUCUACCACCCACAGUUAGCCUACUGUGUUGUGCAGUUCUUGGAGAAAGACAGCAGCUUGACAGAGCCGGUGAUUGUGGGCUUGCUGAAGUUCUGGCCGAAGACGCACAGUCCCAAGGAGGUGAUGUUUUUGAAUGAGCUGGAGGAGAUCCUGGAUGUGAUUGAGCCCUCCGAGUUUGUGAAAGUCAUGGAGCCCUUGUUCAGGCAGUUGGCCAAGUGCGUCUCCAGUCCACACUUCCAGGUGGCAGAGCGAGCACUGUACUAUUGGAACAACGAAUAUAUCAUGAGCCUGAUCAGUGAUAACGCAGCCAAAAUUCUGCCGAUCAUGUUUCCAGCGCUCUACAAGAACUCCAAGAGUCAUUGGAACAAGACAAUCCAUGGGCUGAUCUACAAUGCACUGAAGCUGUUCAUGGAGAUGAACCAAAAGCUUUUUGAUGACUGCACACAGCAAUACAAGGCAGAGAAGCAGAAGGGAAGGUUCAGGAUGAAGGAACGAGAAGAGAUGUGGCAGAAGAUAGAGGAGCUGGCCCGUCUGAACCCCCAGUACCCCAUGUAUUAUGCACCUCCACCACUGCCUCCUGUCUGCUGCAUGGAAACAGAGACCCCAACUGCGGAGGACAUCCAGCUACUGAAGAAAACAGUGGAGACAGAGGCUGUGCAGAUGCUGAAAGACAUAAAGAAGGAGAAGGUUUUGCUGCGCCGGAAAUCGGAGCUUCCUCAGGACGUCUACACUAUAAAAGCCCUGGAGGCCCACAAGAGAGCAGAAGAGUUCCUCACCUCAAGCCAGGAGGCUCUCUGACGGGCUAGGAGCUGGCAUGGGAAGCUCUGCCCCGUCCCUUCCCCCCAGGGGUCACAGAAAUGCACUCGGUUCUCAUGUCUAACAAAGGAAUGAACAUGGUGAGCUGUGCCUGUCCUCCACUCCAUCCACAUCCCCCCUGAGUAGAUCUGGUUUUAUGUUGUCCCCUUUAUCUCACCACUGCCAUGUCCUCCUGCUUUUCCUCCUCCCUCCUGCUUCUCCACCUUCAGUGUGUGUCCAUGAAGGGAGCCUGCCUGGACUGUGAUUGCAUUAGCCCAAGUAGGAGUCGCUUCAUUUCCAGCCCUGCCUGGUUCUUGCUCUGCCCAGGGACCAGAGCCUUACUGCCCUGCACUGAAGAGCUGCUCCCCUACCUCUGCUGGCAGGAGGCUGAUCUCACACAGGCUGGUGGGAGCUGCUCUGGGCUCCCUCUGUAAUCGGCAGGGAGAACUGGGCCCCUCUGCAGCUCAUCUCUGAGGGGUGCCUGAGCUAGGCAGAACCACGAUGCAAUUCAUCUCACUGACUGCAAAGAGCCUGGCUGCCCAGCUCAGCCUGCCGGAGGUGGGUGGCAUGUACCCUGUCCCUGCUGCCUGGCCCGGGCGUGCUGGCCAGAAACAGCUGCGUGCGGCUCAGUGCGCUGCCGCAAGCCCCGUGUGCGUCUCUGCCAUGCCUUCCCCAGUGCUGCCGGUACAGCCAAGCCCUGUGGCGAUCGGAGGUCAGGCUGGGCUCUGGGCAGGAGCGUGAAGCAGAAUGAGUUCGUGGGGGCUCUGCUGUCUCACUGCCCUGCCCUGCCCUGCCUUGGGGUGGUGGUCUGCAGCUGGAGAGCCUCGCCUACAGCGGAGAUGUUCACUUCCACCCUUCUUUUGCCUCCAGCCCCCUGUUCUGUUCCCCUGUCUGUGGAGUGGGCGUUCAGUGCUUUGCCACCCCUGAGGAAACUGGGUGUAAGCACUACAUACUAUUGCUUCCCUCCCCUUAUAGCAUCCUUAGAAGCUCUCUUGUGGGAAAACGAAUUCCUUCAGCUGUUUGUGUUGCUCCUUGCUGAGUUGUUUCCACCCCAGCAUCUUGGGUAGUCAUAGGCCCAGAAUUAACUUGACUUUUGCUUCCUUCCUCUACCUGCUCAAUUCAAAUACUCCUGCAGACCUCCCUUCGUCACUGUGUCCCAUCCAAGCCUUAGCUCUGCAGUGGCUGGAGUUUCUAGGAAGCUUGUGCUGCUAAAGUCGUUCCUGCAAGUUAGUGGAAGUAAUGGAUACGCAUUAUGGGGCCAGGCCGAGUUUGUGAGUGUUCAGUCGUCUCUUCUUUAUGAUCAGUGGCUAGCUGCUACUAGUGAAUUGCUUCUGCAGGUGCCCUGAGCAAAAUUUGCCUUGCCCUGUUACUUUGGCACCUGCUGUGGCCUAAGGCCCUUGUUAGUUAUCACAUGGCACACUGGGGACUUUGCUGUGGUCAUUUAGCCUUUAGAAUGUACUUGCCGAUAGCCCAAGGACUAGUGCAGCACUUGGGCGCUACUGUGAUCCAGCUUUCAAGCUUUGUCCCCCACCUUUUGUGGUGCAGAUUUCAGCCCCAGGCCGAGGUGCCACCUCAGAGAGGCUGGCUUGCAAGAGAGAGAAGGAGGUCUUCCUUGCUUCUUACCUGCUGUGCUUGCUUUCUUGACGUGUAAGCUUGAGGGGGUUUGCAGCAGCGUAGGGAGCUUUUGGGGCCGACGCUAGUCUGACCACUGCUUUGCAGCGUUGUGGGAUGUUGUAGAAGGUCCUGGUGUAUCUUCUCGUCCUCACCAGCAAAUGGCUUCCCAGGUCAUAGAUUCUUCCCCUGUGAUCUUGCCGCUGGUGUGCAGUGUAUCUUUUCCUUUCUUCAGCCCUGUUGCUCUUGCA